GGUUCAGUUUCAGUUCAGUUGAGGUUAGAACGCCAUAGAGGAAGGUCGAUUUUCGCUCGUUCUUCGCUGUUUAACAUAAACUAAUACGGUAGUUGCGUAAACCAUGUGUUAGUAGAGUUAUGGCUUCGUGUUUCAAAAAGUGGGAUUUAUGACGUCAAGGACUUUGUGAUUUCGCUUGUGUUCCGGGAUUUUUCGCCCUGAGAGAACCGGACGUAGCAUGGGAGCAGCAGCAUGACCGGACCAAGCGGAGGAGUCCCGUGAUGGCCCGGGCUUUUUGGCUCACUCUUUUCUUCGCCCUGUUCACCAUCAGUCGGUGUGCGGCGUGCAAGCUGGACCAGUGCGUCAGGAUCUACAACAUGAAGAUGGAAGAGGAAAACAUCCCCGAGCCCGAGGCGUCGCCCGCCUACUGCAACGUGCUGGCUGCCUACGGCCAUUGCGUGCACGCCACCACUCGCUCAUGCCGGGGGAACUUGAAGUUCCACACUACCUUCAGCUCCCUCAACCCUCUCAAGAUCCGCUACAACUGUACCAAGCACAGCGGGGGCGGCACGCACUUCCGUCCUCACAGCACUGCCGCACCGCCCCCGCCGCCGCCUCCGCAAUGCAGCUUCCACGGCCGCCAGAGGUUCAGGCACUGCGGCCUGUUCGGCGACCCCCACCUCAAGACGUUUGACAACCAGUAUCAGACGUGCAGGGUGAAGGGCGCGUGGCCUCUCAUUGACAACGCUUACCUCGCCGUGCAAGUGACUAACGAGCAGGUUGUGGAAGGAUCGCCGGCUACUGCCCCUACUAAGGUCACAAUCAUCAUCAAAGGCCGCAGCACCCCUUGUACUUCUGAGAAGACGUACGAGGCGGUCGCCGACGCUCCUCUCCCCACCACCUUCAUAGACGGCAGCUACAGGUCUGGGCCUGACGAGAGUGUGGUGAUCGCAGCCAGCAACGGCGCAAGUGAGAGGGUGGAGAUAUUCCUACGUUACGUCGACACAACUUUGGUCGUCCGCAGAGUUGGGAAGCAUCUAGCAUUCUCGGCAAAACUCCCAGAGGAGUUGGUCGAGAACUCUCUCCAGCAAGACCCAGAGUCCCUUCAACUCUGCACGCGAGGGUGUCCGGUGACGGAACGUUUAGACUUAGUGACAUCUCGGGGACACCAGGUGUCGUGGGAAACAGCGUUAGAGAAGUGUCGAAGUACCGAGGACUUGAGUAACGAUAUCGUCAACAACUUGACGGAUUACUACUUAGACUGGUGUGUGUUUGACGCGAUGACAGCCGGCGUGGAAUUUGACUUCACCGCGGCGGCGCAUUCCGCUCAAGCAGACGUUUUGAGGUUAGAUCCUUCGUCGCUGCAGAACAGGACGAGCCUGCUGCUGAGUCAGGCUCCACCCUCGGCAGCAAGCCUGCAGAGGGUAUCAGCUGUGCUGUUACUGCUGAUGAUACUUCUCAGGCAGUUCUUGUAAAGUACUAAGGUAGUGAAACUUGCCACAAGUAACAUUGUCACUUCAUAUAAUGGAGAAACUAAUUUGCUGUAUUCAAUAGCGUUUUAAAUCCUGCAAUAACUUACUAAUUAUGUUUCAGCAUAGAAAAUUAUUUUGAAAACUGAUUACUAAAGAUUAAAUUUUGUUAUUUCGUUGCACUUAAAAAAACAUUUUAUUUCACAAGGUGGUACGAAAAGAGUGGAAUUAAUAGUAAUAAUAAUCUACUAAUUUUUUUCUACCACGUUACAAAGUCUUAAACAAUAGUGUAGAUCACUUGUCAGGUUUAUUAGUACAAAGCGAGACUCAAGUCUCAGCCUAGAUUAAAACUACUUACAUGUAAUUUAGGACUUAGUUUAGAAGGGGAACCCGUGACAUUGUUGUUAAAUGUGAUAAUUGUGAAUGUCUGUACAUAGACUCUGUAUCAUAAUUCUGUAGAGUAACCAAAGUAUUUAAUAUAACAAUCCCACUGGUUCUUGUAUUAUAAUUUUAAGUUUCACUACUAAAUUGUUUAUUAACUUGUUUUUUACCCAGUCUUCCUCUAAGUUUACAAUGUUUCUUUUGUUACUAAUAUUUUGUUAUUCUCGAGCACUCGCUGCUCUGAGAUUUGAAACUUUGGUGUGUAGCUUUAAUUUUUAUGUACAUUUGUUUUUAAUUUUGUAAGUCAACCCGUGUACAAAUGUUAAUACGAGUAUGGAUGUAUUUAUGUGAAUAGAGAAAAUCGAGGUCGACUGGAACUUCCAGAGUAUUCUAUUGUAGAUUUUAGUGAAAUUUUAAAUUUCUGCGUAUUUGUUUCUGGAAGUACCUAGAUACCUGUGUAUAUAGUAUUUAUAAUUUAUGAGAUGCUUUAUAUGAUUUUCAAAGCCUUUGAAAAACGUAAGCCUGUGAUCUAAAAACUGCUUGUACGUGCCUAGUCUACACGUAAAUCUAAACUGUCUCUGAUCUGGUUUGAUAUUUCAACCUUGAAAAAAAGACCAAUCUUAAAAAAACUUUGAUAUUGUAAAAUCAUAUUUGACUUUAAUAUCCUGUAAUUUCCAAAUUGCACUUGAGAGCUUGAUAAGGUUGUCCUUUGAAUUGCCAAUUGAAAAAAACUCAACAAUACACCUGUACUAUCUUAAAAUAAAUUUUAAUUUUGAAAUCUUUAAAAUUCUUAAUAUAAUGGAUAGAAAAAUAUCCCUCACUUCUCUAACAAAACUGAAACUACACAGCACUUUCAUUUUUCUUUUUUUUAAUCUAUAAUGCACAAAAUGUAAUUUAGUGUAACAAACAAAGUUUUAGAAAUACCUAAGCCAGGUUGUUUUGCAUUGAUGUGAAAAAAUACUUUUUAAAUGCUUGCCUUACGGUUACGUUAAUUAGUAAUUGAUCAUGAAAAACACUUAAAAUACUCAUCUAUCCACUUAGAUUUUUCUGCUCAUUCCAAAUAAUUAAGCUUUACAAAUAUUUAAAGGACAACCAUUUAAUUUAUUGCCUAUGCCUUAUAUUUUUGUGCCUGCUAAAGUUGCUAUUUUCAUAUUCUUACAUUGCCCAUCCAGUAUUGUAGAUACGACAGUAUUCACUUGUUACAAACACUAGUAAGAUACGAAAGUUAUACUAUACUUCACUUGGAUGCAUCAUGUUAAAAAUUAAUUUCAUAAAUAUAGAGAUUUAACUGAAUUUGUAUGUAACCGUGUGUAAUUAAGAAAGUAAGAUGUCUAGUCUAUAUCUAUAAUCCUAAUUAACAGUUUUGGAGUAAAAAAAAAAUAUUUUCAGUAAAAAUUUCAAAUUUAGUUUUGCGAUAAAAUUUAUUUUGGAAAUUGAUUUUAUAGCCCACUUUUACUAUUUUAAAAACUGAAAAAACAUUAAUGGAUUUCUCCUUGACAUAAUCUAAUGUAUAAAUUAAUAAGAUUUUUCAAAGUAAACAAUGUUUAUACUUUCAUUAUUUUUAAUCAUAUAUACAUAUAAGCCCUGUUCUGGGAAAUCGAGUCUUUCAGACAAUACAAACUAAAGAUUGUGGUUACAUUAUUGUAUUUGUUGUCAAUAUUAUUUCUUAGUAAUUUAACUGGGACUAACAUCUUACUUCUUCCAUUUUAAGUAGAACCAAUUUAGACUGCUCUACUAAUAAUUGUUAGAAUAACCUAGUCAAGGUUAAAUUAUUGUUAUACACACAUUUCAUAACAUUAUUGAUUUGCCGAACUUCAAAAUGUAAAAUGAGUUGAUAAAUUUAUCUUUUGGAAACUUUGACUGUCAUCAAUUUCUUGUUUUUGUGAUGUAUUGAGUGAUUGUUCAGUAUUGAUUAAGUGAUUUUAUUGAUUAUCUUUUUAUGACACAUUUGAGCCAAUCUAGAGACUGACCUUAUAUAAUAAAAUAGUUAUAAUGAU